GACAGGCUCUAUAAAAACCCCACCGUCAGAGGGACAGACACCUUUCACGUCAGUCAGACGGACAGACAGACCGACAGUUGGACGGCCCGCAGCUCUCAGUCAGGAUGUCUAUCACCAAGAUUCACGCCCGUGAGAUCCUCGACUCCAGAGGAAACCCCACUGUGGAGGUGGAUCUGUGGACUGCCAAAGGUCACUUCAGAGCUGCUGUCCCCAGUGGAGCUUCAACCGGAGUCCAUGAGGCGCUGGAGCUCCGCGACGGAGACAAGGCUCGCUACCUGGGCAAAGGUACAAAGAAGGCUGUGGACCACGUCAACAAGGACAUCGCCCCCAAGCUGAUUGAGAAGAAACUCAGCGUCGUUGACCAGGAAAAGGUCGACAAGUUCAUGCUGGAGUUGGACGGAACUGAGAACAAAUCUAAGUUUGGCGCUAACGCUAUCCUGGGCGUGUCCUUGGCGGUCUGCAAGGCCGGAGCCAAAGAGAAGGGUGUUCCUCUCUACCGCCACAUCGCUGACCUCGCUGGACACAAGGAAGUCAUCCUCCCUGUUCCUGCAUUCAAUGUGAUCAACGGUGGAAGCCAUGCUGGAAACAAGCUGGCCAUGCAGGAGUUCAUGAUUCUUCCCAUCGGAGCGUCUAACUUCCAUGAGGCCAUGAGGAUCGGCGCAGAGGUGUACCACAACCUGAAGAACGUCAUCAAGGCCAAGUACGGCAAGGAUGCCACCAAUGUAGGAGAUGAGGGCGGCUUCGCCCCCAACAUCCUGGAGAACAACGAGGCUCUGGAGCUGCUGAAGACGGCCAUCGAAAAGGCCGGCUACCCCGACAAGAUCAUCAUCGGCAUGGACGUGGCCGCCUCCGAGUUCUACCGCAAUGGCAAAUACGACCUGGACUUCAAGUCCCCCGAUGACCCGGCCAGACACAUCAGCGGAGAGAAGCUGGGUGAUCUGUACCGCACCUUCAUCAAGGGCUACCCAGUCCAGUCCAUUGAGGAUCCAUUUGACCAGGAUGACUGGGAACACUGGUCUAAGUUCACCGCCUCCACGGACAUCCAGAUCGUAGGAGACGACCUGACGGUGACCAACCCCAAGAGGAUCCAGCAGGCUGUGGAGAAGAAGGCCUGCAACUGUCUGCUGCUGAAAGUGAACCAGAUUGGCUCCGUCACCGAGUCCAUUCAGGCGUGUAAGCUGGCUCAGAGCAACGGCUGGGGUGUGAUGGUCAGCCAUCGCUCUGGAGAGACCGAGGACACCUUCAUCGCUGACCUGGUCGUCGGACUCUGCACUGGACAGAUCAAAACUGGUGCCCCCUGCAGGUCAGAACGUCUGGCCAAGUACAACCAGCUGAUGAGGAUCGAGGAGGAGCUUGGAGACAAGGCCCAUUUCGCCGGAAAGAACUACCGCCACCCCAAGGUCUAAACCACCGUCUUACCCACGCUCUGUCACCGUAGCAACUGACUGACGUCUCACAAUCCAUGAAGCCCCUCCCCCACAGGAGCUGGUGGGAGGUGAAAGUUGGGCUGUGGCCCCAUCCCCAGCUGUGAUUCCAUUAAUGAUGUUUUCUAUAAGUGAAUAAACAGUGAUAUAUAAAA